GGAGUGGCCCCUGCACCUGUCCGACCUGUUUGGGGGACACAUGACUCCGGAGGAAUUUCCUCCGCUGCUCCCGUUCUUUGUUGAGCGGAGUCUGUUUAGUGGGAGACAGAGGGUGAGAGCCAGAGGAGAGGGGGAGAUAGAGAGAAGACAGAGGGAGAUAUAGAGAUGUCGGAACCAGCCACUAACCCCGCUGCCACCUCGUUCCCUGCGCCAACUAUUUCUCUACCUUUGGGACUGGAAGUACUGAGAACUUACUCUGGAGCUCUUGUCUGUGUAGAAAUAUUAUUUGGUGGUCUAGUAUGGAUCCUGGUGGCUUCCUCCAAUGUGCCCGUGCCUCUGCUGCAGGGCUGGGUGAUGUUUGUCUCCCUCACCACCUUCUGUCUCUCCACCGCCUACCUCACGCUCCUCCUCACCGGCCUGGCUGACCGCAUCAACACUGACUGGAAUUCCUUGGAUGUGAUUUACCAUUUUGUCGCUGUGCUUUUCUACUUUGCUGCCUUCGUUUUGGAGGCAGCAACGACAGCAGCAAACGGAGGAGCUCAUGUCAAGCCCCUGCCUAACAGCACUGACACUGUCAUGUGUAUAACCUACCCUCGGGGCAAUAUAUUCACAGUCCUGAGUGACAGGCAAUACAGUAUUAAUGUGGCAGCCACGAUAUUUGCAUUUGUGGUGACACUAUGCUACGGCUGCAGUCUGGUGAUGGGCUUCAAGAGGUGGAGGAUGUAACCUUGAAAACCAGCGUAAACUAGUUUUGUAACUGCUUCAUAACUUCAGCACGUAUUUAAACAUCAGCCACACUAUCCAGAGCUCGACAGAGAGCACGGCUAUUGAGUUCAGUUCAGUGCAAACUUUGUUAUUUCCUGAUGGGAAACAGCAAAGCUUUAUAUGAUAACAUUUCUGCCUUAGUCAACACAUUUGUUAAGAUUUCUGGACAAUAUUAUUCCUACAGGUUUCAAACAGGUUCAGUCUGGGCUGUUUAAGUCAUUUUAAAUAAUAGCAGUCUACAUUGUUCACAUAACUUUAUAUAUGAACACUCUGAGGCAACACAGAGUGAUUUUGCAAGAUGCAAUUAAUGCUUGUGACAGUUAUGGUUUUGUUUUGCCACCCACUUUGUUAAUCAUACAAAUAUUUCCCCAUACUCUGUGUAACAUCCUCGUUGGAGGGAAUAUUUCCCAUUUCCAAUACCAAGAAAUAUGCCAAUGUAUGCUGCUAUAGGUUAGUAUGCACAGCUGAAAGUUAAUGUGAUGCAAUUUCAUCGAAAGACCUUAAUAUUGCCCCAUUUCCUGAGUCACAUCCUCAUUGGAGGGAAUAUUUCCCAUUUUUGAUACCACAAAAAAUGCUUAUGCAUGCUGCUAAUCGGUUAUGCACUACAGAACAGUAAUGUGAUAGUGCAAUUUGUUUGAAAGAGCCUUUAAGGCAACGUGAUGUUUUCACUGUCCUCCAGUAACCUUGGUGCUAAGAAGCUGUAAAAUCACUCUAUGUUGAAAGCUGGAGUGCUGAACUUUGUCUCCCCCCUCUGGCAGUGAGAGUAAUUACACAAACACUGUUGAAGUGUGCUUAUGAUGAAUGCCUGCAGGUGAACUUGAGCUUUUGUUUUUUACUUCAAAGGUUUUAUAAUUAACAUUUUUAUGUAGAUGAAGAGCUUUUGGAAAGGUGCAAAAUGAAAGUAUUGUUUUUCCUAAAAAAUAUAUUGUGAAUUAAUCAUUUUUUAAUUUUUGUGGGGCAAAUGGUCAGCUCAAUGUCUGCCCGGUUGCCAUGAGCUAACACUUACACCAAAAUUGCCCAUCUUUGUUGCUAAAUCUGUUAAUAACUGUUAGGUAACGUUAGCUGUAGGAUGCUAACAGUAUGCCCUGUAAAUCUGUGUGUGCAACAGACUCUGUCCCCGGUGUGGAGCUCACACUCCUGCAGCAGCAGUCUCCUAGCGGAUGUAGACACAGGGGGACCACAGAUGUUUCACAAUAAACAGAGCGAGAGCAGGACAGAGUCUCUCUCCACUCGACCAUGACACGUGCAGGUUGUGCAAUAAACGGGCAACUACUUAUGCUUCGAGCAACAGUACUGUGGUGAUAUUAAUGCAACAGAAGGGGGAAAGGGGAGUGUGACAUCUUGCAGCUAUUAGUUGCUUUAAUCCUUCUUCUGAAUGCCAAGCUACCUUUCUAGCUGGAGCAUCUACACUAGAAAAGUUUUUCGAAUGCUUCUUAGGAUUGUCCACCAUAAUCCUAGCUGCUGCUCGAUUGCUAUGGUCUCUCACCCUUCCUGCCCCCUAAACAUAAAGGCAUCACGUCAAAUGCAUCACUUGCGUGCUAGCACGACAAUUUUGCCGCAGACACCACAGACACCAGGCUUUCCCUGGUGGUGAUAGGCUUAAUCGGCAAUGUGUGCACCCAUUUUUCAACAUCUAUACGCUCUGCACUCCAGCUUUUACACAAAUGUUAUUACAAUUUUAUAUGGCCACUAUUUAAAAUGUGAGUUAAUCUAAUAUUUGAAUUUCAAAGUUGUAAUCUUUUCUUGUGAGCAGAUUUUCUCAGUAUAUUUGGUAUAACUGCUUUUCACAAUAUUGUUGACUAAUGUGCAUUCUCAGUCAACAUUAGACAUGCAAUUAUAUCCAUUACUAUUUAAAGUUUCUCAGUGCUGUCCUAUGUGUCUAACUCCACUGACGUACUGAUAAAUAUCAUUUGACCAUUUAUUUGGUUAAAUAGAUUUGUCAUUUUAGUGACUUUUACUGCAAAUUAAUCAUUUAAUUUGACCAUCAAUUAAAAAGGAAUGCUUUUGUCAGCAACUAUAUUUCAGUGAUCUUUGUGUACUAAUGGAUCAUGUAUAGUACAGUAUGUUUGUAGUGUUUGACCCAUAUUGUAACUGUGAUAAUGAAUCAUAAAAUUAACCAAAUCAUUAACUAUCUUGCUACAUGAUUUAUUAGUUGUAUUUAAUAUAUACUCCUGUUGGCAUUAGGCUGUUAACUUUUAUUAAUUUAAAAAUUGUUUAAAUGAAGAAUUUUUGUUUUUUGGCACCUGCUGUUUUGUUCGUUUGUUUUUGUUGUUUUUUGUUUGUUUUUGACAUUUAAAUGCAUUUUAGAACAACAGAAAUAAAGGUUUUGAAG